AUGUGUGUUUCAAAAAUAAUGGCUGAAAAUGGGAUAAUAGUAAAUCAAAAAAGGUAUGUUUUCUUUUUCUUUUAUAAUUUUGUGGUGAAUCAAAUUUCGCAUGAAAACUCUGAAAACCACAGUAAAACCAAAGGCGAUCAAAACUUUAAAAUUCUACGACAGAUGUCACUUCUGUUGGUAUUAUUCCUCUUUUUUUUAAAGGCCCAAAGUGACUGUUGGAGUUCUCAAGAAGACAAUGUGCUGCGGUAUGGUCCUUACAGUCAGUGUAAUAAUUACAUUGGAAUUAAACAAGAGUACAUUGAUAAUGUCGACAUAUUUACUUUCAUAGAAAAUUGUUGUGGAAAUAACAAGACUUAUUACACCCUUGAUUUCACAACCAAUGAGGCUCAAAAGAAAAUUCAAUUUCAAAGUGGUACAACAGUAAAAAGUCUUCAUGUGAUACCAAAAUAUCACGACCUUGACUUCGAUUAUUCUUUGAAAGAUGCACCCGAUGACCUCUUCAUCAGCAUCACUAGAACAAAAGAUUUAUUUAGUUUGAAAAAUGACAACAUUGAGGUUUACGAUAAACCUGCUGUAUUUUAUAGUAAUGGAUAUGAGCGGUAUUAUAUAAAAUAUCAAAAAGAGACUUAUAGACCUUAUUUGUACUUAUCAAUGACUUCUCUAUCUUAUUCAACAAAAGUAUUAUAUAUUAAUAGUGAAUAUAUACCAGACAAGAAAUGUACAUAUGCUUUUAACACCAACGACCAAGUUGAUGUUAAAAGUGAUGGUAGUAAUGCUGUCACACACAAAAUAUGUGAAUUAAUAAAUUCAGGAAAUGUGCUUCGAAGAUUUAUUCUUUGCAAAAAUAUUGAAAUUGACAUUCAAAAUGAUUGCUCGUGUUAUAUCACAAAUACUAUUUCAAGAGCUUCUAUAAAGGAUUUUGGAACAAAUUACCCGGACUGUUUACGCAAUGGGACUUUUUUUAAUUUGACAAUUUUAAAGAAUCAAAGCGAAGUCCAUUUUGAUUCUAAAUAUGGUAACGCGUGGAAUUCAAUAACCUUUGAAGAACGGAAUUCCGCAAUUAUUUUAAAUAUAACCAGCAAAUUGGAUAUAGUUGACGUGUUUUAUUUUCCAAGUGUUGCUCUUGACAUUAUUGGGAAUUUCAAGACUUCAAAAAUGGUAUUAAGUUCCGUACCAGUAAAUGGAAUUCAUCAUAUUGAAAAUUGGGAGGCAAAGGAUAUAGAAAGUGGAAGUUACACUUUGGAUGACAUUUUGUUUGUUGGGUAUUAUAAUGAAAGUCUAAUUUUACCAAAAUCUAUAAAAGUUGGAUGUUCAAAUGGGAAAUAUUCCAGAUUUGUAAUGAAAGACUCUUUAAUAGGGUGUGAGUGCAAUUAUAAGAAUGGCAAUUACAGUUUUCAAGACUGUCAAUAUAUUAGUACGAUACUAUUAAAUAACUAUAUUCUUAUAAUAAAAGAUGCAGAAUAUAUAAAGUCAAAUGUGAUUUGGGGAGAAAUACAAAAUGCAGUUGACACCAAAAUAACAGGAACAGUCACUUCCCAAAAGUGUUCAUUCAAAGGCAGUGUAACUAUAAAUGGAAAUGUAAAUUGUGAUACAUUUUAUACGACUGGAGAACUUACUUUGUCUUUUCUUGAAAAUGGAAUUUUACAAGGAUCCAUUUUUAGUUCAAAUGGGUACACUGUUUCCGUUAUAAUACUUUCUCCAACAAAUUUCAAUUUUAAUAAUUUUGUAUUGAAUUCGGUGAUGCAAAUUAAUGGAAAUUUACAAAAUGUGAAAUUGAUAACUUUACACACAAGUGGUGCAUUUAUAACUUCUAAAAGUAUAACAAUAAAUAGUUUAAUAACGGAGGGAAUAGGCAAAAUAAAUUGCAGCAACAUUUUGACAAUCCAACAAUUUUCAGGAAAUAAUCCAGUUGACAUUUCAACAACUCUUCUUAAAGUUGAAUCAACACGGUUGUCAAUUCUUAAUUUAGCCAUCAGUGAACACGUGGUGAUCUCCGACACUACAUCAGAGUUAAAUAUAUCGUAUGUAACAAAAUUUUUAGAUAUUCAAACUCCACUUUUGAGUAUUACACAUUCCACAAAUCCACUAAUUAUAUCGAUUCCAGAAAUAACCUUUUCGUAUGACAAAUUGUAUUUUAUUUCAAAUAAACCAAGAAAAAUAUUAAUAACGAAUCAAAGUACAAUGACAACAAAAAGUAAAUAUAUAUGUGAUAAACAAAUGAUCGCUCUUGGAAAUGUAAAUGAAAGCGAUUGCGACAAAUUGGGACUCACAACCAAAAUUUGUGUCCCACAAUAUGGUGGACUUUAUUUUGAUGAAAACAACCAAUUAGACUAUUCAUGCCCUGGCAGUUCAAGUACAAAUGUGUUCACCGAACUUGUUAUUGAAAAUGUUCGAGACUAUUCAUUUGUAUCAAACGAAUUUUAUAACAAAAUAGUAGUGAUGAAAAAUGCUAUAAUUAACAUGAGUGAACAAAUUGUUUCUCUUGAAGCACAUUCCACCUUUCUACUAAAAGGAAAACACAAUUUCAUCAGUUUAUCGCUCAAAACCAUUGACUCUCUUCAACUCAAUUUGACAUUAGAAAAUAGUGUUCUUAUGACGGAAAGUGAAAAAUCAUUUCAAAUAGAAAACGGUGAUGUCAAAUUCAUGAGCGGAGCACUUUGUGAUGUUUUUACUGCAAAUUUACAAAAUGUGAAUUGUUUAAUUUGCCGAUAUAGCACAGACCAAAAUGGGAUAUGCAAAAACAAGGAACAAAAAGGCAACUGCACAUAUUACAACGAAGUGAACAGUUUUUGUGAACAGUGUAACGAAAACUAUUUCUCUCACAAUGACGGUUGUGUACAAUGCAAAGAAAAUUGCAGAUUUUGCAAUGUUUCAACUUGUUUCUUAUGUCAAAAUGGAUUUGUUCUCAAAGACGGGAUAUGUCAAAACAAAACAGACGUUUGUGACUUUUCAUUAUCAGGGCGAUGUUUAACGUGUGCUUUUGGGAAUUAUAUGAAAGACGAUUUAACUUAUUGUAUUCAUGGCACAAUAGUGGGAUGCCUUAAAUAUCAAACUGAAAGUGUUUGUCACAUUUGUGAUGUUGGCAAUUUCUAUAUUUUGAAUGGUACAACUUGUGAAUUGAAACAAAACACGGAAAAAGUAAAUAACAAAGGAAUAACGUCUUGUCAAAAGGGGUUUAAUUUACUUUCAAAUGUGUGUCGCGAAUGUAACAAGACGUGUGAGAUAUGCACAAGUGAAAAUGAUGAAUCCCUUUGUCAGAGAUGUGUAAAUGAAAAUGUGUUAGUUGGUCCAAAUUCGUGUGAGGACAAUGAGUACAUUGGAUGUGACACAAUUCAAAAUAGCCGUUGUACUUCAUGUCAAAAAGGGUAUUACUUUGAUGGUACAACAUGUACUGAAUGUGCAUUAGGGUGUUCCCUAUGUUCGAGUAAGACAAUCUGUUUGUUGUGUUCUGAAGAGUAUCAUCUCCACGACAACUCCUGUGUUUUCAAUACAAACGAUACGUGUCACACAUAUCAAAAUGGGAUGUGUUUGACAUGCAACGAUGGGUAUUAUUUGACUUCACAAAAUACAUGUGAGAAGUGUUAUUACUCAUGCACAAAGUGUGUGUCUCGUCACAACUUUUGUUACUCGUGUAACGAUGGCUUCAUGUUAUCAAACAAUGAAUGUGUGUCUGCAUUGAUCACUUCGCCAAAUUGUAAGCAGACAAUUCCAAAUGCAAAUGACAAAUGUGCGAUUUGUGACGACAAUUACUUCCGUGUUUUGACGCAUUGCGAGAGGUGUCAAAGUCAGUGCAAAACAUGUUACACAUCAUCGACAUGUUCUUCAUGUAACAGCGCAUUUUUCUUGAAUGAGACAUCCCUUUGUGAGCCAACAAGUAAUUUACUUGGAUGUUCUGACAUCACUUCAACAGGGUGUAUACAGUGUCAACCAAACUUCUAUAGUGACAACAUUCGUUGCAAGCAAUGUGACACUUUAUUCACAAAUUGCACUCUAUGUGAUACUCUGAAAUGUACAAUGUGUCAGCCCACUUAUGUUCUCGUUGAAAUGUCAUGUAUUUAUUAUUUAGAUAUAGAGCACUGUACUCAAAGCGACUCUUCCAAAUGCACAAAAUGUUCGUUUUGGUAUUCCGUCUCCCUUGAUACUCCCCGUUGUGAGAAGAAAGCCGUCUGGUGGGUAAUCCUUCUCAUUGUCCUUUUUCUCCUCAUUCUCUUGAUUCUUCUCUUCGUUGUUCUGUUCUCUAUCAUAAUCAAAGUGUUGUACGUCGUAGAACAUCAUCAAAUAACUGCUGAGAUACGUAAGACAUAUGCACACUUCAAUAUGAAACACACAAAUAUCCAAUGGGUCAGUCCAGCAGUCAAAUGUCCCAUUUUAGUGAAUAAGACGAAGUUAAUGUUUGACUUAGAAAAUCAAGAGAUCCCCGUUCUGAAAGAAAGUCGGGAAUUAUUGUGUGUAGGAAAUUACAGUCAAACUCCCGUCAUUCUCACAAUAGCAGAGAACCAAACAGAGGAUUACACGUUGACCACAAAGAUCAAUACAAUCAAGUUGAACAAAUAUGAAGGCUGUGAGUUAGAAGUCUUUCUAACGCCUUUAGUCUCGUCCCAUUUACUUGGGGACUUCUCGAUGUUUAUAGACGACGCAAAGAACAACAAGCACUUUGUUGUGAAAUUAUCCGUCGACGUCCAAACGGAGAUAUCAAGUCGUUUAGCUCAGAAUGAAAUUAUAGAAGAGCGGAAACUUGGUGAAGGGACCUUUGGUGUUGUUUACUUUGGCAAAUUCCACGGUCAUGAUGUUGCGAUCAAGAAGUUAAAGAAGCUUGGAAUGGAGAGUGACUUGUAUAAAGAACUUGAGAAGGAGGUUUCGAUGUUAGAGAAGUUCCGGGACGACUAUAUUGUGUACUUCUACGGUGCUGUGAUGAAUACAAAGAUGCCAUCAAUAGUCUUAGAAUAUGCCAAAUAUUGUUCUGUAGGUAAGUUGAUUGACAGUGAGACAUCAAUUUCGUCUCAAAUGCGAUAUAAGUUCUUAAUCGAUGGAGCAAAGGGGAUUCAAUACUUACACACAAAUGGGAUAUUACAUAGAGACAUCAAACCAGACAAUUUGCUAGUGUUUUCAUUAGAAGACAAUGUCGCUAUAAACGCAAAAUUGACUGAUUUCGGGUCGUCGAGGAACAUCAAUUUAUUGAUGACUAACAUGACCUUCACAAAUGGCGUCGGAACUCCUAUUUACAUGUCGCCAGAAGUAUUGAAGAAGCAGAAAUAUGACAUGAAGAGUGACAUCUAUUCCUUCGGCGUGACUCUUUUCAAUGUUUUGGUAUGGCACAACCCGUAUCAAGGAAGUUGUUUUAAGUAUCCCUGGAACAUCGCCAAUUACGUCGUCGAAGGAAAAAGACUCGAGAAGCCAAACAAUAUGGAAGAGGACCUCUACGCCUUUAUCGAUGAUGUCUGGACUCAAAACCCAAAAGAAAGACCCACCAUCACCGUGAUACUCAAUAAGCUUCAGCAGUUCUAUGAGAAGUGUAAAUAA